AUGCUGUCCGCAAACAUCAUCAAGCUUGCCCUUCUAGGCGCAGCAACCACAGUGCUCGCUCAGACGACGACAUUAGCACCUGUCCUUCCGUCCAAUGAGCCGGAAUGGCGAUCGGACGACACGUUUACCUCGGCGGUACUGGACACACACAAUGUUUACCGCUCCGAGCACGACGCCGAGGACCUCGUCUGGAACAACACGCUUGCUGAGUAUGCCGAGGAGUACCUCGAUAGCGACGGCGAUGACGAUGACGAGUGUCCCGACUUCGAGCACUCGGACACGCCUUACGGCGAGAACCUGGCCAUCGGUCACGCCAACGCGUCGGCAGCCGUCGAGGCGUGGGGCGACGAGCGCGACGAGUACGACUUUGACGACCAGGGAUUCGACCAAGAAACGGGCCACUUUACGCAGCUGGUCUGGAAGAACACUACAGACGUUGGUUGCGCGAGGAAACUGUGUCGCGGCGGCGAUUGGAAUGGGUGGUAUCUUGUGUGCGAGUACUGGCCGCGCGGAAACGUACAAGAUCAGUAUGAAGACCAGGUCAGUGCGGGACAAUUCGAGGGGGCGGCCGCUGGCUUGAUGAGAUCGCACCAGACUGCAGCAUUGGUAGUGGCUCUGUUGGGCCUGUGGGUCGUUCUUUGA